AUGAGUCAUGAGUGGAUAAUGCUCAAAGAUCAUUGGUGUGCUGAUUAUGAGUUGGGUGUUAAUGAGUUCAUGGAAGUUGCUUCUAAUCAUGUUGAUGCAAUUGGUAGGGUUAGAUGUCCGUGCAAGAACUGCAAUAAUCUCUACUUUAAGACAUUAGUCCAGGUGCGAGGAGACAUAUUUAAACAUGGCAUGGUCGAGACAUAUAAAACGUGGGUCCAUCAUGGUGAGUCUUAUGUUGUUAGUAAUAGCGGUGAAAACCCACCGACUGAGUCUGACGAUGUUCAUAAUGAAGAGAGUGGGUUACAGACCGACAUGUCUGAAAUGUUGGGUGAUUUUGGUAGGGCGAAUGAGUGUCUAACAACCGCUGAACCUUCCCACGGUCCUAAUAAUAAUGGUGCAUUGGCAAGGCUCCUCAAAGAUGCCAAUUGCCCUCUUUACCCUGAAUGCAAAAAAAUUUCAAAACUGUCCUAUGUUAUGAAAAUGAUGAACAUCAAGAUACAGACAAACAGUAGUGAUAAAGCAUUCAACCAAUAUCUUGAAUUAAUCAAGGAAGGUUUACCGAAUGGGGAAACACUUCCCACUUCAUUCUAUGAGGUGAAGAAGUAUAUGCGUGAUCUUGGAUUUGGUUACACCAUCAUUGAUGCAUGUCCCAAUAACUGUGUUUUGUAUAGGAGGCAGCUUGAAGCUUCUCGAGAAUGCCCAAAAUGUAAAGAACCUAGGUUUAAAUCUGGUAAACAGAAGAUGUUGCCUUAA